AUGUUUGGUGUAUGGAAUGAUUUUAAGAUGUCAGAUACAGGUUUGGACGUAUCGUUUGACGUGUCGCCAGUAGAAGAAUGUGUUAGUACGCAAUAUAGCUGUGAGACAUGUAGUUAUUCAACAUCUAAUAAAAGCAAUUUUAACAAACACACAAAAAGACAUAAAAAAUCUGCCAUGCCAGACAGCAGUUCAACUAAGCCAGAUUGUCAGAGCUCAGCCAAUCCAAUCAGUGUUAGUUCGCCUAUACCAGACAAGGUUGCCAACUUAUGUAAUGUAUGUGGAAAGACCUUUAAAAGUAAGUUUGGGCAUCAGCUGCACGUCAAAAACAAGCAUGAAAUGUCUUACAAGCAUGUAUGCAGCAUAUGCAACAAAGGAUACAAUCAAGCUGUCCAAUACAGAUACCAUGUAUCAAGCCACGUUAAACUGCCGAUGGACAAGUGCACCUUCUGCAAGGCAGAAUUUACCGCGCAUGGCUCUUUGAAGCGGCAUCUACAGACAUGUAAUAAAACAGAUGAAGGUGCAUUUAUUUGUGAAGUAUGUCAAAAGAGUUUUCGUCGGAAAAGUAGUCUAAAAGAGCACAUAAAAGGCAAGCAUCAAGGACCAAGGUUCGAAUGCUCCGCUUGUGGGAACAGGUAUGCAUGGAGAUCAAGUUUGAGGGUCCAUGUAGCCCUUGCCCACAAAAACGAACACACAGAAUAA